AUGGCUUCCGCUCUCCUCCGCACGACUCCCGCCCUGCGCGCAGGUCUCCGCGCCAGCUCUGCCAUCAGGCCUGCUGCCAUGGCUAGUACCAGCUUCGUCCGCGGGAAGGCUACUCUUCCCGACCUUCCCUACGACUACGGCGCUCUCGAGCCCUACAUCUCCGGUCAGAUCAUGGAGAUCCACCACUCCAAGCAUCACCAGGUCUACGUGAAUGGCGUCAACGCUGCUGUCGAGGCCGUCGCCGAGGCCCAGGCCAAGGGUGAUGCCGCCGCCGCCGCCGUCCAGGCUUCCGCCCUCAACUUCCACGGCGGUGGCCACAUCAACCACUCUCUGUUCUGGGAGAACCUUGCACCCCACGGAAAGGGUGGAGGUGGUGAGCCCGAGGGCAAGCUUCUGACGGCCAUCAAUGAGGACUUUGGCUCCUUCCAGAACCUUCAGAAGCAGACAAACGCUGCCCUCGCCGGCAUCCAGGGCUCCGGAUGGGCCUGGCUGGUCAAGGACAAGACGUCUGGAACCCUGGGUGUCGUCACCCGCCCCAACCAGGACCCCGUCACCGGCAACCUCGAGCCCCUCUUGGGUAUCGACGCCUGGGAGCACGCUUACUACCUCCAGUACCAGAACCGCAAGGCCGAGUACUUCAGCGCCAUCUGGGACGUCAUCAACUGGGGUACCGUCGCCAGGCGUUUCGAGAAAUAG